AUGCAAUUCUCAAGUAUAUUUGAAUUUCCAGGUGAGAUGAUGCACAAUUUUUUGAGCAAGAAAAAAUAAGAGAUAUAUUAUAUUAUAUUUAUGAGAUUCAAAUAUGAAUGAAUGAAUGAAAAAUUGUAAAAAUCUUGAAUUUUUAAUGAUUCUCGAAAAUUUUGAAUAGACCUUUAUUGGCAUUAUAUAAUUUUUUUGUCACACUAUAUAUUUUUAAAAUUUUUCCGAAAGUAUACGAAUUGUCUGAAAACACUUGUAUUGUUACAUAUGAAUAAACAACUCAACUGAAAAUAUUUUAUUUUUCUUUUCUUUUUUGUUGUGCUCAUAAAUUCACCUGAACAAUUUUUUUUGUUCGACUGAAACUAGAAGGAAAAAAAAUGAUGUUUUGCUGAAAUUUGAGAAGAGAGCUUGUUCACAAGAGUCAAUUACAUCAAAUGAUGAUCUUUAUGUUUUUUUCUUUCGUGGGAUUAUCAUGUGAGAUUUUUUUAAAGUUUCUGUGAGUUGAGAAAAAGUAAAAAUUGUAAUCAACAUAUAUUAUUUUUAAAAUUCAUAACAUAAAGCUGUGUUAAUCUCGAAUCCGAUAAACUAUUUCCAAUUCCAAAAACUCCUCAAAUUUCUACUUUUUUACCAAGCCGCAAUAACUUCUCAAAAAACCGCUAAACACACCAAAAUCAACUCCUUUGUUUAGCCAACAAGUAGGUGUGAUAUAUCGUAUUUCUCCAAUCGUCGGCAAUUUUCAAAAACUCCAAACCUUGCCAAAAACCAAUCGACGCCAAGUGUUUAUAUUUCUUUCUCGACUAACUUUUUUUCCUAAUCAAUCAGCCUAUUUGCAUAACCUAGUUUUUUUGCUUUGCCAAUUACAUCAUUUUUUAUGGAGAAUAUAUAUUCGAUAUUUACAUAAUGAGUCGAGCAGUUUGGAGGUGUGCGGUAAACGUUCCUCUCGACUCAUAAAUAAGAACAACAGGUGCUCUAUUCUGGCGUUCCUUCAACUCUUUCUUUCUUUUUUUUAUUCGUCCAUUCCACUCAUCUUUUAUAUCUUGACAGACACUUCGAGAUAUUUUUCUGUCACCACCAGUUACCUUCCUUAUCAUUGUUGUUUUGUUUAUUUUUGAUCUCUAAUUGUUUUUAGAUUUGGUCUGAAAUGGUCUGAAAAAGUUCAGCACGUCCUUAUUUUUCAGUGGCUGUUUUUUGAUAUUUUUAAUAAGGAAGUAGUCUAGGAAAAUUUUGCAAUUUCGAUUUUUGACGUGUUCAAAAAAAUUCUAAAAUAAAUUUCUUCUAGACUAGAAAAUAUUAUUGCAUUUGUGUUUUUUAGAAAAUAAUUUUUGUAGUCAAAUGAGCUGAACUAUCUGAAAAAUAAAUUGGAUUUUCAAAUUCAGAAGCUGUGAAAUAUCAGCUGAAAAAUUUCCUACUUCCAAAAACGUCUCCCAUAAUUAUUCGUACAUUUUUUUCCUAGAAAAAGUUCAAAAAAGUAGCAAUUAUUUUCAACGUCAACAAUUUUCCUUUUGUUUCAUUGAAAGCUAUUAUCAACAGAAAAAAAUUUAAAAAUUUAUAAUUUUAUGUUAGUUUCAAAUUGAAUGAUCUUUAACGUUCCAUUGAGCAAGAGCAAGCAAGCAUCCAUGUAUAAUUUUAGUGCGAGAAGGAAAACAAAACAUAUUUUCCGCAUCACCCCAUCUUAUUAUGUAAUACGGCUCUUUUUACUGUAUGAUGUCAUUAUUGGACAAUCUUUAAUUAUGGGAUUUGUCUGCGAAUCUAUUUUAUUACAACAAAUUGUUUUCUUUUAUUUUCUGUUGUGAAAUAUAUCUGAAGAGAAAUCGGAGGCGUUGAAAACGUCAAAAUUUUCCAUUUCAAUUUAAUCCCUGAACAAUAGAUUUUUGAGUGAUUUUUGUUUUUUCUCACAUUGAUUUUAUCAAAAAAAUGAAUCCGAUUAAUCAGAAUUUAGAAAAAAAUCGAAAUGUCAAGAGAAUUUGUCAUUAAUACCUUUUCCCACACAUCUUCAGGGAGUUUGCAUAAAUAAAAACAACAAAUACGACGAAAAAAUUUGAUGUAUAAUUAAUGUGCACCAUUUGCCAUAUGUUGUUGCUUUUGGAUGGGGGCACGGCAGAUAUUUCGGAGAGCAGCAGCUUUUUUUUAUAAUUGCUCAAUUUUGUCACAUCAUAUACACUGCUCCACAUAAUUAUAACCUCACUUGAUUUUUUUGAAAAAUUCGAAAUUUUGAGUUUUUUGGAAAAAGUUAGAAAAUGGAAAAAAUGUCAAUUUCCGAUACUAAUUUGAAGUUUAAUCGAAAUUUUCUAUCGUGGAACUCCCGAAAGAGAAAUCUUGAAUUUUAUAAAUAAAUCAGUUUCGCAAUUGCACAUAAUUAUAACCUCACUUUCUGAAAAUUGCUGAAAUUCUAACUUUUUUGAAGCAAAACUUUGAAAAACAAUAAAAAAUUCCGAUUAAACUUCAAAUUAGUAUCGGAUAUUGACAUAUUUUCGAUUUUUGAUGUUUUUGCGAGAAACUCAAAAAUACGAAUUGUUCAAAAAAAAGAAGUGAGGUUUAUAUUAUGUGGAGCAGUGUAUUAUUUCAGUUUUAUAUAUAGAAAAGAAAUUUUAGAAAAAAUUGGAGUUUUUAAAUGCUCAUCAAGUUUCCGGAAAAUUCUUCAAAAAAAAACGCUUACAUGUCUAGUAGGUCAGCUGUUUGAAAUAAAGCCAAGAUUUUUUGUCAGCACACAUUUUUGUGAAAAAAAAAACUCGAGUUAUCACUCAUUUUUCAUUGUACUGACUGAAUGCCAAGAAACGAACAUUUGUUCAUAAGUUUUGAUGAUUGUUUCGUCCCAUGAGGUUCAUUUACGAGCUCUACACACACACACUCGUUUUCGUUUUGGCUCUGAUUUUUGUUUGACUAACUUACUUGGUUUUUGGGGAAUUUUUUUUGUAUUCAAUUUUUUUUUGCUUGCCAGAGAUCUAAUUUUGUAAUUGAUGUUUUCGAAAAAAAAUUACACGGUUGCUUUGUUCACUAGAAAAAUCUCUGAAUGUGAUUUUUGAAAAAUUUAAUAAUAAAUGAAACAAUUGUUUCAAUUUUUGGCACCAGAUAUCAAAAAUUUUACACAUCAAUAUAUUAUACAUAUUUUUACACCAGAUCAGCAAAAAAUCUAGCACCACCUGUUUUUUUUCUGAUUCAAAUUUGAAAAUUUUUGGUUUGCUUUCUUUCUUUCUUUCACCACAUUUUAUUCAAAUUCUAAUUUUUCGUGAAACAAAUGUCACAUUCUAUUUAUUUAUUUAUUCAAUUUGUCUUGAAUUUUUUUAUUUUGUGUCUUUUCGAAAAAAAAGGGUACGAAAAAGGAUAUCGGCUAAAAUUAAUGAGGAGUAUAUUUUUAUUAUUUUUCAUGUUAGAUUAUUAUUUUUAUUAGUAGUAUUUUUUAUACAGCAUGAGGAGGAAUAGAAUUAUUUUUUUUUAUUUUUACUUUUAUUUUCCAAGAAACAUGAAUAUUCCUUUUUCAGAAAUCGUCAAGAAUAAUUUUUGAUUUUCACAGAAAUCUAUGUUUGUUUUUUUCAAGAUUAACAGUUUUUCAAGAUUAUCCAUCACUUUUAAUAUGACAUCUUUUUAUUUCAAAAAUCUCAAAACAAAUCCGAUGACAAACAUUUUUUCAACAUUAUCUCUCUUUUUUGCUCAUCCUUUGAUCGAAUUCCUCAAAAUCCUAUAAAUUUCCGUGUUUUGCUUCAUCCGGACCCGGACCCUUUCCUCUCCUCACAUCAAAAAAAAAUCAGUUGUUGUUUUGUGAUUGAUAUGUCUCAUUUUAACAUUUCUCUGCUUGUUUCGUUUCCACCCUUUUUCUUUUUUUUUCUUAAAAAAAAGAGUCACAUUUUAAAUUAGAUUAAAUUUGUGUAUUUGUGCGGCUAUUUUAUUUAUUUUCAUGUGGUUCUUUUUGCAGAAGUAAAUAUGGGAAGUAGCCAAAGUACAAAUCAUAAUCCAAUGGAUUUGAUGGAACAUCACGGCGGUGGACAAUACACAGAUAUGAAUAUGAUUUUUAAAGGAAUCCCAAAAAUGCUUCAGGUUAGUUGAGAAACUCUGAAUGAUCUGUACACAGAGGAAAAAACCACUAUGUAGUAAAAAACGUGUUUAGCCAACCAAAAUUCACAGCUGGAGAGAUUCUGUCCUAACAAAAAAAAGAUGACCACGUUUCACACAUUUUUCCUGUUCCUAAUUUCUAUAUAAUUUAGGUUGCCGACGAUAUGCACAGAAUGACAGAUUAUAUAAUGGAUUUGAGAAAUUUGACACUGGCAGUAUUGGCAAUUUCAACAUUUGGUCUUGUUUGUUUCAUUAUUCUGAAAUUGGUGCAUAAUAAAUCAUCGAGAAGGAAACGAAGAUCCAUACAGCGACAGGUUAGAUUAGGGUUGCAUAAGGGUGGACAAAAAUAGGAUCUUCCCUGAAUUCGAAUCACGGAUAAAUGUUUCAGAUCGAAGAAGGUUACCCACCAGCAGCCCCACGAUAUUACUACUCGUCACAAUACGCACCAGAACCAUGGGAUCGACCGAAACACAACUACAGGUAAGACCAAUCAUCAAGAUUUUGUCUCUCGUUUAGUCAAUUUUUAGAGCGACAAAUCCCGAAUUCCAAGAAUUACAGUUGAGAUAGUUUAUUUUUCACGUAGUUGUUUUUCUUUUUUUUAACCAAACCACCUUUUUUUUCCAAAAAACACCUAGUGUGGCAUUGCUUUUUUCUAGAAAACCUGGAAGUAUCAUAGUUCAUGAGUGAGUUCAAAGGCUUACUAAUAUUUGAAACAAUUUUUAAUCAUUUCCCCCGCUUUUUACGUUACCUAACCUGGUUUGGUUGAUUUUUAAAUUGAUUUUUUUCGAAUUAAUUAUUUUGAUGCUAAAAUUGCCUAUUUUCAGCCCAUCACUUGAUGAGAAGAAACAAAAUGAAGUGCGCAACGGAAGCCCUGACUUCAAAGCAAAUGGAUCAGUCAAUUACAAGGUAAGACUUGUGAAUAUCAAUGAACAGGUUUCCAAAAAAAACUUUAGAAAGUUUUUUAUGAUGAGUAAAAAUAUAGGGUAGUAAAAAACUUGCAGGCCGAAAAUAACACCAAAUCUCUCGAUAAUAUGCGACAAUUUUCAAGAAAAUCUACAGUUACCUGUUAGUUUGAAAACAAUGUACCUACGUUUAACCAAAAUGCACCGUUUUUGUGAAGCACUGUAACAAAAUAUAUAUUUAUACAUAUUACUUUAACCAAUGGAAACACAAAAAUCUCCAAAAAAAUAGUCUCUAAAUACUUUGUUUCAUUCAAAAAUAUUAAAGAAUCAGUCAGAAUUAGCAUGAAAGUAAAUAAUUAUUUGUCAAAAACGUUCACAAUUAAAACAAAAAAAUUUUGAGCCUCCUCUCUAACCCAUUUAACAUGCUCCAAACUAACUCUUUCCAAAUUUUCAGCCUUACACAAAUGAGUCAUCGGAAAUUUCGCCAGAAGUUGAAAAAAAGACAUCAUUGACAAAUGAUAUGUCCCAUCGUGGUACAGCCAAUUUGCCCAAGGUAAUCAUUGAUUCCGAAAACUAUUUUUAAUUAUUUAUAUACAUUUUGUUGUUAUGUUUCUCUCCCGUGUCCAUUGUGAAUACAUGUUUGAUCCAAUUUUUUUCUAAAAAAAAUGUCUCUGAACCCUAUUCCAAAGCUAUUAUUUUUCCCUUUUUUCAAGAUACAUAGAUAAAUGUUUACAUUAUCCAACCCUUUAGAAAAAAUCAAUAUCAUUCCAUGUUUUUUUUUUACAAAACCCCAUUUUUAUAGCGAUCACUUGAUCCUGUCAAGCUAGUGGUUGGUGAUCUUCCUUAUGUCGAUUCGUCAUAA